AUGCGUCCAACAGAUGUCGCAUGCGUGUUCUACAGACACGAGACGCUUGGGCAGAGCGAGCCUAUUAAAGUCUGUGAGAAAAUUUCGGACGUUUUUCACACUGUCGAGCACCACGUUGGAAAGGGGGCAGCCGCGGUACCAACUUCUAAUGCCGACGAUGAUAAUAUGUCGGUUUUGCACCGGCAUCUUUCCGCUCUUGCCCACCAGGAAUCACUCUCCAUGAUGGCCUCGUAUGCCGGGUACACAGUUCAAACUCGCAGCCAUAUAGCGGAGGAUCUUUCAGAGAAAAGCGCCGAACUCCUGUGGAAACAUGCAGCACAUCGCGCUGCCGCAAGUAUAUUUGGCACGGACCGUUGCACUCCGCGACGGAGGGCCCUUGUUAUGGGUGUUUACAUCACACGAACGUCCGCCAACUACUUUACAGUUGGGAUCGUAACACAAGGCGACACGCGUGACCCACGUAUUCGGAAGGCGAUCACAACGCUCUCCGGCACCCACAAGUUGACACGGCUGGACUCUGAACUGCAGAUAUGCGCGGCCCACCGCUCCAUGAGUAUUCGACUGUGGUGGGAGCCAAGAAGUGACCGCGUGACGCCGCGUAGUGUCAUGCCGCCCAUCCGUGUUAUAUUGGAGCGAGAGCAACAGGAGCUGUCCAAAACGUGUGUGACUUAUAUGACGGGCUACGGCGCUGUGAACAUUUUCCUCUGCCGCCCUGUAGCCUCCAAGUUGCUCGGUACCACAAGGAAGUUGCUUAAUACAGGGGAGUGCCACCCCACGGAGGAUGCUGCGGCAUGGUUUGAUGGGCGCAGGUUUCCUUCCUGUGCGAAGGAAACGCAGCAACGUCGUAGGCUGACAGUUGUAUUGUACUUUAAUGAUCUACAUCCGGUCGAGGUGGGUGAACACCUUGUGGGUGUUGAGGUCGAGCCGCUACCUCCCUUCAGGCCGUUCGUUCCCUCACAGUACGCACAUUUGCCGCCCUUUCUUGUGGUCGGACGGAGUGGUGCAUAA